GGGCCUGGAAUGAGGUGUUAUUGGCCCUGAAGAUUUGAAUUACCCGCUAUUCUCAAAGAAACCCAGGUUCUACUAAAGACAUUGGUGGGAUUUCUACUGGUCUUUCACCUUGAUGGGGGAGAUUAAGAGCAGUUGCUGAGGCACCAACAGGUAGGAAGCACAGCUGCCAUAUAGCCGCAGCCUUUUUAACAGGUUAGUAUAGUUUCAUUGGAUCUUUUUCACUUGCAUUUGUUAUCCUCCUGAAAAUUUUGUUGAAGACUCUCCAUACCAAGCCAAUCUUUUCCCCUGUUCCCAAAUGCAUACGCCCCAACCCAGCAGGGACCAGCCUAGUAGUCUACUGUGAAUGUGCCACAUUCAUUUCUGCCUUUCUCAUGAUGUGUGCUUUCCCUCUUGCUGACCCAAAUCCUACUCGAUCUUCUGAAUCUGGCUCAAAGAGUCCUAAGUCUGGCCCUUGCUGAACUCCUGCGGUAUUUGGUCACUACCACAUAUUUUACACUUAAAUUAGGUCCCAUCUUUGACUGCCUGUUUCAUAUUCUACUGCCACCCCAGCUGAACUGUAAGAUUGCUGGAGACUGGAAAACACUUAUUUGCUUGUAUUUAGUAUAUGUGAAAACCCUACAUUUUGGCAUAGGACAGAUUUUGGGCUUGAAUGUAGUUGAGUCCAAUGGACAAAGCCUUAUGAUUUAGAGGCAAGAAGCCCAGGUUAUGGAGCCAUAAAGCUUGAGUUCAUAUCCCAACUCUAUCAUUUAGCAGCUCUGAUCCAGUUUCCCUGCCUGCAAAAUGGAGAUAUUGAUAACAGUUCCUACCGAAAGGAACUGUAUUAAGGUCCUACACGCGAAGUGAUGACCUAGUUAUAUACUAGGGACCCGGUACUUUAAGUGCUUUGUACGUUUUACCUCAAAUAAUUCUAAUGUUAUUCAAACAUGUGCUAGCUUUGUAACUUCAGGAUCUCACUCACUCACGGAGUUGGUUUCCUAAUCUAUAAAACCGUGGUGAUUCCUCAUAUACCUGUAGAAGUGGUUACAUUCCUCAUAUACCUGUAGAAGUGGUGUUUGUAAACAUUCAGCUCAAGGCCUGGUACGCUGGAUUAAGAAUGCCAAAAAGAAAGUAAAAUUUGGGUGUUUUUAGUAUGUGAUGAGCUUAUGUCACUUUCUGUGAAAUUCUACUUGGCAUCACAUAAAGAAAAAGGCCAGAUUUAAAGAUGGGACUAAUUGUUCCAACUGGUAGACUUUAGAGAAACUUCAUUGGAAAGACCAUGGAGCAGUUCCUCCUGGAAACUGAAAGAACCCUUCUGAGGGUGGUUCAAUUACCCCCGGGCAGGGCCUAGUAACCCCGGCUACAAGUCAGAAUCCCCUGUGGAACUCUUUUAAAGCCACAGUUAGUCAGACCUCAUGUGUGAAGAUUCUGAUCUGCUAGUUCUGGAAGAUCUGUCACUUUAAAACUACUCAGUGAUUUUCAUGCACAACCAAGAUUGAAAAACAGUCAUUCAAGACUUAACUAUGACAUCAAAAACUUCCAAACCUCUUGAGAAACCGUAGACCAUAUGGUGGGAGAAGAGGAAUUGAGUAGCUGGAACAGAAAGUUGAUUUACAUCACUUGACAAAGUUCUUUCUAGGAGUCUUCAUAUGCUGAUACGUACAACUUUAAAGAUUUCAGACUGGCAUUCGCAGAUAAUUAUAAAGUAGCCUGAACUUGAACAUGGUUCCUACUAUUUAGGCCUCAUGGAGCCAGAAGUCCUAGAAAUAUGUCCUUAUGACCCAAACCACAGGAUGCCAGCCAACAGGUUACAGUACCACCUGGCAUCAUGUAGAAAGAAAAAUCUGAAGAUAGCUAAAAAGAUGGCUAAUUGCAAAUAUAAUGCUUGCCAUGUGGUCCCAGUCAAAAGGCUCAAGGAACAUGAGGCUAACUGUGUCAAUAGAACUGCUGUAGAUGAUGAGCCAUUUAAUCUUCCAAAGGUUAUUUCUCCGAGUUUGGAGCCAAAUGAAAAACUUGCUAAUACUGCCAAUCAGAUUCUAGACCCUGACGUCUGGAACAUAGAUAACACAUACCAUUCUCCUUUAUUUGUUCUUAAGACAUUUGCUCCAAAAAUGUUGGUUUGUGAAAGUGACUCAAGAGACAUAAAAAAAGAGACUAUGGAUGAAAAACAUCCUAACAACUAUAAGUCCUGGAGAAAAGGUCAGAAAAACUGAUGGAGAAGCUGUGGAUUAAAGAGCCAGCAGACAGAAAAUGUAUUGUCCUUUUUCAAACUUUGGGGAAAUCUUAACUGUCAAGUUUUAGAUAACAACUCCAGUCAUUGUUGGCAUCUUAGUAUGUUUUUAUUUAUUUAAAUAAAGAAUAUCCUUCCUGUGACCGGC